AUGAAAGUUGUUCCAGAGAUUCCGAUUCAGAAGGAAGUUCACAAUGAAGAGGAUGUUACAUCUCAACCAAAGGUUUUGGAGCCAGCAACUACGAACCCUGAGGUAACAUAUGAAAUCCCAACUUCUAUUCCAUUCACUGAAGAAUUAUUCCAAGACUUUUCUGUCCUUUCUCCCACUGUCACUAUCUCCACUCCUAUUAUAAUUGCUCCAUGCCCACCGGUGUUAUUGAGCCUUUCGCAAGCCCAAACCCCACUUUUCACAGAUUCAACAGCUACCACCACUACCUCAAAUGUUGAAACUCUAAUAACUGUCAACACAUCUGAUGCGGGGGCAGGAGCUUUGGUUUUCUCAGUCGGUCAUUCCACUCCACCCAUUUCUCCUUUCCAUCAGGAUGAUCCGGACAUGAUCUAUGGUGCUGAUGACGACGAGUUCAUAGAAUUCACCUACAGUCCAUUCAACAUUCGAACUGAAAGUGAUGACGAAGCUCCUGUCACAAGAGUGCAACUCAAGGCAAUCAAUGAGAAACUAGAUUUGUUGCUCCAAUCAUCUAAAGCAUCAUCCAGUGAAGACUAUUUGCAACCAACGAUCAAGUACUUCUUCGAGACCCUUACGAAAGAACAUUCUGCUAAACUUGAAAAGACGAACAAAGUGGUAGAUGCUUCUGCUUCAGUGUGCAACGAUACGACCGAAAAAGUUGAUAAACUAAUUACAAAUCCUCGCUUGUUCAUGGAAAAAUUCCAGAGCUCCUUCGAGUGCAAUACAAUAAAGGCUAAUGAAGUUAUUUCUAGCCUAGGCUCCACCCUUAAAACGGAGAAGGCGAAACUUGAACAGGUUCGUUGUGGCCCCCAAACAGACAAUGUCGAGCUCAACUCCUUUAUUUUAUCAAAGAUCACAAAACUUCAAGAUGAAUUGGCAGCCGAGAAUAAGAUAAUGGAUGCUCUCGUUGUAAAUACUAAAAAGCUAAGGCUAGUAUUCGCAAUGCUUCACAGACUGGAAGGUGUUACAGAAUUACGCUUGAUCCCAAAACAAGGGGGAGAAGGAGUGAAAAAAUCCAAGAAGAAAACCACCAAACCUUCGAUCAAGACCACUGUCAAGCCUAAAAGCGAAAAUUAA